AUGUUUCGAUCUGUCACUCAAUCUGAUAGGCUAGAAGUGGCGGAGGAAGGCAACGCCCCCUGCAGUGGACGUACGUCGCGACAGUCUAGAUGAAGGAGUGUACGAUCAGCCGCCGUUGAGCAGGUUCCCCGCAUUGUGUACGGAGUACGGACUUGGGGCGAGUAUAAGUAUGUCAGCGUCGCAUGAGUGAGGCGCUGUAUUGUCUCUCGUCGUCUUUCAUCCACCAACAUAUAUUCUCUCAGAGUCUGGUCACUCGCUUUGUUCUCUAUCUUUCAUCUUAGAAGUUUUAUACCCCAACAUCUCCAACAUCUACUCAAUUAGUUUCCUUUUCAAGAUGAAGCACACAAUCAUUACUUUCGCUCUCAUCGUUGUGGCCUUUGGCGCCCCUGUGCGUCGUCAGGCAGGCAAUGCCCAGACCUUCACCGGCGCCCUCGGCGGCAUCGCAGCUACGCCUGUCGAAGACUCUGGCAACCCUGACCGGCCGUUCCAAGUGAAGGGCGAUGGAUUUGUGAAUAUUGGGGCUGCAUUGGCACGAAGCUGUGACCAACAAUUCAACGCUUGCGCGAACGCUGCAAACGGAGGGGACGCAAACUUGAGUGUGGCUCAAUGCUCGACCCAGAAAGACCAGUGCAGUGCGAGUAUCCAAGCUAGUACAGCAGCGGCGCAAGGCAAUAAUCAAGCAGGAAGUGCAGCUACUGGUGGGAAUAACUCUAACAGUGCUAAUGGCGGAGCUGGCAAUGUCGCAUCAUGCACUUGAUCUAAAUAACGUGGAUGUUUGCCCUCCACUGAGGUCAGUACAUGACAAGUGGAUACUGGGUCAUGUAGGCCUGGUACAGAAUACGCGUAGUCUCAAUCAACACGAUCACAUAUCAAAGCAGUUCGUGAUCGUUGGC